AAAGAAGUCACGCUGAACACCAGAAAUACUGUACGGCAAUGGAAGACGAUACUGUGCCGAGCAUUAGCCCAGAGAGCUUUGUGAAGUUCAGUGAUAACGACCGCUGUCGCGUCUCCAGAAGCAGAGUGCAAGACUUCCUAGAUCGAGGACUGAUGAGCCAAGAUGCAGUAUACCAGAGGUACACAGAGGAGUUGUCUGAAAGACUCACCAGCCUCCGGAGGGCCGAUCACCCCACCAUCAUAGACGACAUCAGAGUGUCUUUUGGGCAAUUACGUGACCCAGUCACUGGGUACCUUUCGAAAGACCUGCUUGAACAAUGGAUCACUAAGCGAAUCUCCAAGUCAGCCGUCAACGUGCCGCAGCCCCUUUCAACAGUGCUCUUCGACAUCAUCGCCUUCCAUGCUUUCUACCCCUUUCCCAUCAUUCGUGGAUCCGAGCAACAGGUCCAAGUCGACCAAGACGGCUUCGUGCGCGCAAUCUGUUUGCUCACCCUCUCGCCUGCUCCGCGGUACGGACCUAAUAGCUCCUUCUCAGCAGCUAGACACGGGCGCUACUCGGGAACCUGGGGCCCCUAUCUUGGAUGGUAUAUUGCGCUUCGCGGAAGAGACGCGAGUGAUUUCCGCAGACGGAUGUUUCGCUGCCUGGCCAUCCCACUUCUGACACCUGGAGAAAGCAGGCCUGUUGGCGGGGCUAGGUGUACGAUGAUCGAGGUACCGAGGUUUGCGUACUACGAACCAGUCCCACAAGAUGAAGGAGAGGAGGAAGAAGUUCCAGAAAUCAUCGUGGUAGAAGGCGAGAAGGAAACAGAGGUCGAUGUAAUGGAUGUGCUGUCUGAGUGUCCUCCUGAGGUGGACAGACUGACUGCAAACCCAUUUCGCGAGAGCUAUCGGCUUGUUCUACCCAGUAUACCGAGAUCCAGUGAGGAUCUGACGGAGCUUGGUGUCACGACCGAGAAGCUUGUUGCGCUGGUGCAAUUACACGAAAAAGUUCAGAAAGAAGGCACGGAAGGCUUAGUGUGUCAGAUCCAGAGCGCAGGCAGGGACGGCAUGAUUGGAUGGCUGGAGUUCGAACGAUUGUUCGUGGAAAAUUCGGAAUUCCUUGCUGAAGGUUUGUCGAGUAUCUCUAGUACUUUUGCCGAGCGAAGACAUGAGGACUUGAUCUACCCGACUACGCAAAUAGGGAAGAGCAUUGUCAUAUGAAUGAUCAAUGUUGAUAGUCCUUUGGCUCACAGCUAGAAAAAUUCCAUCAUACUUACCAUGCGAUAGACGUAUAUGGGGUUAUGCAAGGAGAACUAUUGAAUUCCUCCAUGCAAGGUACUCUCCGGUGCAAG